CUGGUAGCCUCUGUCACUUCUCCCCCAGCCCAGCCGCUAGCAGUAGGCGCGCUGUGACCACUGAGUAAUUCGCGGGCACCCCCCUAAACCCACUGUAAUUUGGGGGAGACAGGGGGUGUGGCCCGUUGGAUAGGAGGCUCGUGUGCGCUGCGCUGCCCCUCCUUGGCUGGUUUGUGUCCCGCGCCGGAGCUCCACAGUGCUGUAAUAGCUCUGUUGUUGCUGCAAAGGAUGCCAGAUCAGGCUGUCGUGUUCCCCUGACCAGGAUUUCCACAGGCGGCCACAUCGUCGUAUUGGGGGCGUGUGCCACAACCUCUUUGGUCCUCCUAUCUUCUCUCGUCUCGACACUUUUUCUUUUCUUUUCCCCCUUCUUCAUCACGCUCGCUCGCCAUCACAAAGCCUUGGAGAAAAGGAAACUUGUUGUUUUUUCUUUUUUUCUUAUCUUCUCUUCUAAUCUUCAAUUCCUGUCACUCAUUCCACUCUUUCUCAACUUCCUUUUUUAAUCUACAUUGAAACCCCCCCUCUUCAACGCUAAUCCUCUUGAAGAUCAUCUACCAAAAUGGCCUCUGAAUCUGCUAUUGCGGCCAUCGCCGCCCAGCUCGACCGUGUUAUGGGAGCUCUUGACAAGCAGAACACCGAGCUCUCGGAGCUGCGCCAAGAGUGCACCACCCUCCGCACUUCCAACGCCAACAUGGAGCGCAUGCUUCACGAUGGUCUCUCUGGACGCCACGGCUCGCUUGGUGAGAACCUCCUCACCAGCCCGACCAACGACAACUCCCCCUUCAUUCGUCCCACGGUCCUGCCUCGCAUCAACUCGGCAUCUCAGUUCACCCCCAUGAACGCCCCUGGUCCCCAAUUGACCUUGAACACCUCGACCAAGUACGAGAUCCCCGGCUUCUACGUCGUCAUCCCCGCCGGUGGUGCUGGUACUCGUCUCUGGCCUCUGUCGCGCAAGAACCACCCCAAGUUCCUCUUGGAUGUCAACUUGUCUGGUCGCAGUUUGCUCCAGUCCACCUGGAACCGUCUUGUUCCUCUUACCGGUCCCUCUCGCAUGACCGUCGUCGCUGGCCCUGCCCACUCCGACGCCAUCCAGAUCCAGCUCCCCCAGCUCGAGGGCACCAACCUCUUCACUGAGCCUGGUCCCAAGGACUCCAUGGCUGCCAUUGGUUUGGCCGCCGCUAUCCUCGCCCAGCGCGACCCCGAAGCCGUCAUCGGUUCUUUCGCUGCUGAUCACAUGAUCUCUGGUGAGGACGCUUUCCUGCGUGCCGUCACUGAAGCCGUUCACGUCGCCAAGACUGGCAAGCUUGUUACUAUUGGUAUCGCUCCCUCUCACCCCGCCACCGGCUUUGGUUACGUCAAGCUUGGUGAGGAAUUGGAUGUCCCUGGCGCAAACAGCGCUCGCCUCGUCGACGCCUUCAAGGAGAAGCCCGACGCCCGCACUGCCGCUUCAUACAUUGCUUCCGGUAACUACCGCUGGAACGCCGGUAUGUUCGUCACCAAGGCCACCACCCUUAUGGACCUCGUCAAGGAGCACCGCCCUGAUAUCCACGCUGGCCUCUCCAAGAUUGCUGCUGUCUGGGAUGACGAGAGCGCUCGUGGCGCCGUCCUCGAGGAGGUCUGGCCCCAGCUGGAGACCAUUGCCAUCGAUAACGCUAUUGCUGAGCCUGCUGCUGCUGAUGGCAAGGUUGCUGUCAUUCCCGCCACUUUCGGUUGGGACGAUGUCGGUGACUUCUCCUCUCUGUCCGAAAUGUUGCCCGCCGAUUCCAACUACCCCCGUAUUCUCGGAGAGAGCGAGCUUGUCGUUACCGAGCAAGCCUUUGGUGGUAUUAUCGUUCCUGGCUCGGGCCGUCUCGUUGCCUGUCUUGGUGUGGACGAUUUGGUCAUUGUUGAUCUUCCCGAUGCUCUCAUGGUCACAACCCGUGCCCGUUCGCAGGAAGUCAAGUCCCUCGUCAAGAAGUGCAAGAUGGCCGGUUUCGGUAACUUGGUGUAAAACAUAUGAUGACGUGCAUUUGCAGAAUGGAAUGAUGUUAGGAGGGAGGAAAAUAACUUUUUUGUACAAGACACUGUGGUACCCUGGAGAGUGAUGGGCCACGCCAUAAUUCUACUCUUUUUUUUAAAAUCAAGAUGCCAACGACAAUUUGACGUGACAUCUUUUGUUAGCCAUACAAACAAAAUGGUAAAGUAAAUACAUAUUCAAUUCAAACUUUUUAU